GGCUCCAAUUGUUGUUGUUCCAUCGGUUGCUACGGUCGGCGCGUUAAUAUCGCUCCCGGAAUAAUUCGGACAUAGGCAUAAUAUGAAUUAAAGCAUUAUCGGAUUAGGGAGCACGCGAUCGAAAAGCGAAAUGGCAGCCGCAACGGAUAUAGCAGUGGAGACCAAACUGGGUAAUGGAAGUGCGGGCGGUGCUCCGAUUAUGAACGGAAAUGGAGUGGCUGGCGGCAUUGCGGAAUCUGUCAGCGCCGUGUUUGAGGAGAAAAUGAAACUAGAACUGGAACAGGACCAGGACCAGGACCAGGAUGAUUUGGAGCAGCAGGAGGAGAGCACGGGAGAGGUGACGGCAGUGCCACGGUACGGUCUCAAGCUGGGAUUCGAUCACGUGUGGCCGGAAAAGAGGAUCCAAAAUGUGAGGGCCUCCAUUAGGCAGACGCUGCCCAUGGUGCCGCUGGUGUGCAGAUAUGCGGCCUACUACUGGAAAGUGUCGCGUGAAGGUCGUCGGGUGUACAUGGACUACUACUACAUGGAGAACGGCAAGCAGAUCUAUGGAGUGCCCAUCGGCGGAAUCGGAGGCGGAACCAUUGGCCGGGGCUAUGCCGGCGAGUUUUGUCGCUUCCAGAUGCGACCAGGGAUCUACGAGUACAACGUGGUCCACGCCAAUCAGUUCAUUGUGACCAUCAAGGACCCAAAAGGAUGCACCAUUUUCCAGAGUCUCCUCUCGAAGUGCAGCACUAGAGGCAGCGGUAGCAGCGGUAAUCCGGCGGAUCCGGACGCCGAUGGGGAGAAAACUAAAUGUCAACUGCCCAAUUGCAGCAGUCGCCCCAAGCAGCCACUGAGUGCCUGGCACUCGAACAUCGAGGACUCGAGGUGCCGGUACACCGGCCUCUAUCCGCGCUCCUGGACCGAGUACGAUCUCUCCCACUACGGGGUCCGGCUCAUUUGCCGCCAGGUGUCUCCGGUCAUACCCCAUGAGUACCGGGAGUCGAGCCUCCCCUGCGCCGUCUUUGUCUGGGACGUGGAGAACGUGUGCGACCAGGAGCGCAAGGUGUCCAUCACCUUUACCUUCAAGAACGGCACUGGUAACAAGAAGCAGGAUGCCGAGGGCGGAGCCGAGUCCCAGUUGAUCAGCGAGGGCAAUGCCAAGGGGGUGGCCAUUCGGCAGAAGAUUGCCGAGAUGCCGUGCAGCUACAAUUUGGCCUGCCGGGUCCGCCCGGAGAUCAGCAUCUCGCGGUGCCCCCAGUUCGAUCCCGCCGGCAACGGAGAGCAGCUGUGGGCCCAGCUGAAGGAGCACGGCCAGCUGAAUGAGCAGCCCACCCCGGAGAGCCUCAAAACCAAGGACAUUGGUGUGGCUGUCUGUGCUCAGGUGGCCCUUAAGCCGAAGGCCUCGCACAAGCUGGAGUUCGUACUGGCCUGGGACAUGCCCAAGAUCCAGUUCCCCAGGAAGAUGCAGACCCACACGCGCUACUACACCAAGUACUUUGAUGACAGCGGCGAGUCGGGUCCCAAGAUCUGCGAGUAUGCCCUGAAGCAGUACCCCAGUUGGGAGCGAUUGAUUGACGCCUGGCAGCGUCCAAUUCUCAAUGAUGAAACCCUUCCCGACUGGUACAAGUGCGCCAUUUUCAAUCAACUCUACUUCAUCUCGGAUGGUGGAACCAUUUGGCUCAAGUGCGAGUCCUCCCUGGGCAAGGAGCUGAGCUAUGAUGACCCCAGACUGGCGUACGGUCGCUUUGGCUACUUGGAGGGGCACGAGUACCGGAUGUACAACACCUACGACGUCCACUUCUACGCCUCGCCAGCUCUGGCCCAUCUCUGGCCGAACUUGCAGGUUAGUCUGCAGUACGACUUCAAGGAUGCCAUUGCUGCCGAGCUGACCGACACCAGGAAGAUGCUCUACGACGGCAAGGUGAUGCCCCGGAAGGUCAAGAACUGUGUCCCCCACGACUUGGGCGAUCCGGAUGAAGAACCCUUUACUCUCAUUAACUGCUACAACAUUCACGAUGUGAACGAUUGGAAGGAUCUCAAUACCAAGUUUGUGCUGCAGGUCUACCGGGACUACUACGUCCUCAACGAACUUGCCCAGGCCCAGGCCGAUAAUGCCAGCAAGUUCAGCUCCAUCGAGUUCAUAGACAAGGAGAGCCUCUACGAGAUGUACAGCCAGGACAACAAACGCAAGAACUCCUCCGAUGAGAAAAAGCAGAACCGCAAGUCUGCCUCCAUGUACAUCAAUGAGACCAAUGGAAGAGUCUAUCUGAUGGACGCUAUCGGUUACCUCAAAGCCAUGUAUGCCUCCUGCAAGGCUAUCAUGGAACGAACCAUCGAGUACGACAAGGACAAUGAUGGCCUAAUCGAGAACACCAAGAUGCCGGACCAGACCUACGACUCCUGGGUGAUGGACGGUCCCAGUUCCUACUGCUCUGGGCUUUGGUUGGCCGCGUUACAGGCCAUGUCAGCCAUGGCUACGAUUCUGGACCAGCCUAAUGACUGCAUGCGGUAUCAGGACAUCCUGGAAAAGGGCAAGCGGUCGCUGGAGGAGAAGCUCUGGAACGGUAGCUACUACAGGUUUGACUUGUCGCACAGUCACCGGGACACGAUUAUGGCCGAUCAGCUUUGCGGUCAUUGGUAUCUAAAGUCCUGCGGAUUCGACUACGAGAUCUAUCCAAAAGAAAACGUGCGCACGGCCCUGAAGAGGAUCUACGACAACAAUGUGAUGGGCUUCCAUGACGGCAACAUUGGAGCGGCCAAUGGGUUUAUCGCCAAUGCCAGCGAUCCCUCAAAACCCGGCCAUGUGGACAACAGCAACAUCCAGGCGGAAGAAGUGUGGCCAGGUGUAGUCUACGCCCUGGCGGCCACCAUGAUCCAGGAGGGGAUGUUCGAGGAGGCGUUCCAGACCGCAGGCGGCAUGUACAAGACAAUCUCGCAGCGCAUCGGCAUGAACUUCGAGACUCCGGAGGCUCUUUACGGCGAGAAGAGAUACCGCUCCAUUGGCUACAUGAGACCAUUGAGCAUCUGGUCGAUGCAGGUGGCCCUGGAGAGGCGGCGUGCCCAGCGGGACUAAGUCUCCAGAAUGGAGAGAGUACAAUCUAAUCCCAAGUUUCUUCUUCACGUGCUACACAACCAAAGAUACUUCUAAGCCAGCACAAACAUAGCCCUUAGUUUAUUACCUUUUUUGUCGAGGUUGAAUGUGGAAACGAGCUUAAUCCGAAGCAAUCGAUGGAUGGUAUUAAAAUCUAUAGCUUUAUGUAUACUUUUAAGCUAGGAUCUGUUGGCUGCGCUUACUCCAUGUCUUCUCUAGCUGUAAAGCCACAAACACAAGUCAAACUGCUACUCUCUGUUGAAGUACAACUACGCAAUGGUAUUCAAAAGGAGCACAAGUCGUAUUUAAAUGUUAGCUAAGCAAAAUAUUUAAAUCAAUUAUAGAUGUUUCAAAUAAUUAUUUAUGUCUUAAGAAAGUAUUUCAAUGUGUAAACCUGUUGCUAUCUGCAAUAAAUGUGACCCAAACUGGUCAGCAAUUAAUCGUAA